CAUUGUUAUGAGCCGUACAGGCUUAUGGGAAGGAAUACAUAUUAUAUAUAGCUAGUCAAGGAAGUUAUAUCUGACAGAGAUGUUUACAUCAGGAACUUUUAUUUGCAAGUUUCAAUAAGGCCAUCGUAGCUGUGAAAAGUCGGUCACGAUGUAUGGUGAUACAGCGAUUACAAGCGAUUGACUAAACGGAUUCAAUAGGACGAUAUACAGACUGUAAAACUGCAAUCAAUGUUCUGAUUUGGGGUAGACCCAGAUGAACUUAGCCCAAGCGUUAUACGUCUAUGAUAGAUAACAUGGCCGCGGGCACUAGCCAUCUGUUGUCGGCUGCUAUCGACUUCGGCACAACUUUCUCCGGAUAUGCAUUCUCUACAAAGAACGACUUUCAGUCCGGCCCCCAAAACGUAUCAUCAGUCACGUGGUCGGCAGGUUCGGGCUGUCUCCAGUCCCUGAAGACAUCAACCUGUGUACUGUUUGAUCCAAAAGGCAAUUUCCAUUCCUUUGGUUUCGAAGCGGAGGACAAGUACUGUGAUUUAGCAUUUGACAACCUCCACAAAAACUGGUACUACUUCCGGAGGUUCAAGAUGAUUCUAUACCAGCAAAAGGAGCUGAACAGAACAUUCCAUAUCAAAGCCCUUGAUGGCAAGACAAUGACGGCCAUGAAGGUUUUUUCCUCUGCUAUUGGCUACCUAAAAGACCAUCUCCUACGCACGUGUAAAACACGUGGAGCGGACGUUCGGAUGCACGACAUUGCAUGGGUGUUGACAGUGCCGGCAAUAUGGAGCGAUCCCGCCAAGCAGUUCAUGAGGGAAGCUGCAGUAGAGGCAGGAAUCCCUAACAACCAGUUACAGUUGGCACUGGAGCCCGAGGCGGCCUCCUUAUUCUGUAAAUACCUGCCACUGGAGACGGCGGGGGACAAGUUCACGGUGUUCAGGGAUGGAUACAGAUACAUGGUACUGGAUGCAGGUGGGGGCACAAUCGACAUCACUGUCCAUGAAGUGAAGCCUGGGGGGACACUUCGGGAGUUAUACAAAGCAAAUGGUGGGGACUGGGGAGGAACGAAAGUGGACGAGGAGUUCGAACGUUUACUCAGUGACCUUUUGGGGCCAAACACCUUCGAAACCUUCAAGAAAGAGUGUGUGCCAGAUUUGUUGGAAAUGCAUCGGACCUUUGAGGUGAAGAAGAGAUCAAUACCAGCUACAGGUGACGACAAAGUUACUUUCUCAGUUCCUUUAAACCUGCUAGAGACUUUCAAACGAUCUAACCCUGGAGCCGACCUCGGGAACCUGAUCGCUAAAAAUCCUAAAUAUUCGGGAGACGUGACUUGGAGAGGAGAUAAGCUCCGUUUGUCCGCUAACCUGACCAGAUCGCUCUUUUUAUCGUCUCUCAAGAGUAUCAGCAACCAGGUACAAAUGCUACUUCGACUCCCGGAAGUCUCUGGUGUGGCUGCCAUCUUGAUGGUAGGAGGGUAUUCUGAGUGUCCCCUUUUGCAAAAUGCCAUUAAGAAUGCAUGCCCCAAUCUAAGGAGGGUUGUUCCAGGAGAAGCCGGUCUAGCUGUCCUUAAAGGCGCCGUAAUUAACGGUCACACUCCAGCUACCAUAUCGGAACGUGUUUGCAAGUUCACAUAUGGAGCAUCUUGCAGAAGUAAAUUUAUCGACGGUUUUCACAAAGAAGAGUAUAAGACCAACGAUGUCAAGGGAAUACGAUGCAGAAACAUCUUUCAGAUGCAUGCCAAAAUGGGGGAUUCUGUUAAGAUAGGACAAGCAUGCAAACCAUUCAAACAUUUUGUUAUCCGCGAAAACCAAACUUCUAUGAAAAUAGGAAUAUUUGCCUCCAAUAAAGAACACCCAGUCUAUAUCAACGAUCCGGGAUGUCAAAACCUUGGAUAUAUCGUCAUCGAUAUGGCAGAUACAACCAGCGGGCUUAAAAGAGGAAAUCUUGUCAGUAUGACGUUUGGAGGUACCGAAAUAGAGGUAGAGGCUGUCGACAUCGAAAACAAGACGAAACACCGAGCGUUCUUCAAUUUCUUGGGAUAAAUGAGAAAACAGCAAGGCCAUUAUUGCCCGAGAAACUUAACGAAGUUAUCAAUGUAUGGAGAUCACCUCACGUGGUAGAUUGAAAUAGUUUGGAACUUUUAACAGAACACAGACAGUCCUAUCCGAUAGCUUCAUAUCUUACCAGUUUCCAGAACCCCGAGUCUACUUCAAGAAGCGGGAUUUCCUGUAUACAAGGAUCUCGUUAACCAAUAAAACAUAUUCAGUUUUACAUUUACUAUAAUUAUAACCCGAUUUUUUCACUAGCAUUUUAAUAUCUCGUUUUCCCCUUGUCCAUUACCUUACAGCGUAACCAGUUUAAUGAUUUCAUGGCUGACCAUGUGGAGGUCAAUUGAUCUACUUAACCUUCUUGUAAAAUUAAUUUCGGUUUUGGUGAGAGUAAAUAGUGUGUACAUUUCUCCUCCUGUUAACACAAAUUGUAUAAACAUUUUAAAAUGAACAUGAACCCUUUUUUACUUUAUAUUGCAUUAUAAAUCGCGCAUUACUUCAUGGUAAUUCGAUUUGAAUGCAAUCAGAGGGAAUUUGAUCCCAAUUUACUUGCAUCGCAUUCAGAGAAAAUGACGAAGUUCUUCUCGCCUUGUUUUUACAUAAUGGUAUUUAAUAGGAAUUAACUUUUGCAUAAUAGCAGAUCAAAUAUCAUGAAAUCAGUCUAUAUAUGUGAAAAGACCACUCCUUAAUAGAUUCACGACUGUACUUAUAUUAAUUAUUAUAUGUUAAAGAUUAUUUAUCAAUAAACCACUCUACAUCAAUAUUAGUAGUAAGUUACAAAUGUACUACACACAUUGUACAUCGUCGUCUUUCCGACCUGUCGAACAAUGUAGACAAUGUUUUUGACAUCUAGUGGAGUUAUCAAGGACAUGACUAUGUUAUACCCUUGUAUACUUUAUUCCUUCAAACACUUAUGAAAUAAGUUUUUUUUACCGAUAUUAAUCACUUGUUGGUUCGGAUAGAAGCGCGCAUGGGGUUUUAAUUGCAUUUCGUUUUCCUCAAAGAAUAGUUUAUUUCAAGUAGCAGAAAUAGCAAGUUGUAGUACCUGAUCAAGUAUUAACCAUGUUUACCAGCUUAGAAAAAUAUAACUUUCCAACAAGUAUAUGGUGUCAAAGGUCACAAAAGUGUACUAAAACUGGCAAUACGAAGAAAAAGAACAGUGUUAAGAGAUACUUAAUAAAGCCAAUCACAUCGCAAUAAGAAAUACAGAAAUAAUCCAAAGUCAACGUAUUCGUGGUUAGCCACCACUCUUAAGACAGGUGUUAACUUGGUGAAAUCAUGAUUU